CCAGAAAAACCAACCCGAAGACGGUUUGUCGGCAAAUCAGGUCCAGCUCAGAAUUCCGGCUCAAAUCAAAAACCAAUGAUCACACGUGCUCAUCAAAUCCCGAUUUCAAUAUCAGAAGAUCCAAUAUUAAAUUUAGCGAUAUCUGAACUAUUACCCAAAAAUUACAAUUUUGAAGUUCUUAAAACGAUUUCUCAAGUCAUUCGUCAUAAAAUUAAAGUCUUAGGAUUACAAAUGCCUGAAGGUUUACUUCAAUGGUCUUUAGUACUUUCUGAUCUGUUUCGAAAGUUUUGUCCUGAUUGUGAAGAUGUAGUGGUAAUGGGAGAUGUAACUUAUGGUGCUUGUUGUGUUGAUGAUUAUACGGCUAAAAGUUUAGGAUGUGAGAUGUUGGUACAUUAUGGUCAUUCUUGUCUAAUUCCUGUUGAUCAGACCUCAAUUAAGACUUUAUACGUCUUUGUGGAGAUUGGUAUCGAUAGAAGUCACCUUCUAGACACUGUCCGAGCCAAUUUUCCUAUACACCUUCCUCCAACCUCUUCACUUCAUGCUGAAUGCUCAACUCCAACAAGGCAAGGUCAUACUCAAAUUGAAAUCGCUCUGGAAGAGGACCCGGACGAACCAUCAACAACACUCACGAAAGUCGUUCAUUUGGCCGUUGUCGGGACAGUUCAAUUUGUAGCUGCUGUUCAAGGGUUGAAAACAGAUUUGGAACAGCUAUCACCAUCACCCCAGCUCUCAGAGCGGCUGAAAAUCACUGAAGGUCCUGACUCUCACGAGAUUCAUCGCGGAAGAUCGUCAUCCAUUCAGACUCCGAUCGAGUUCCGGGUCACAGUUCCUCAAGUAAAACCUCUUAGCCCUGGUGAGAUUCUAGGAUGCACAGCGCCCAAGCUGAACUCGGAUGUUGAUGCAAUACUGUAUGUGGGUGAUGGAAGAUUUCAUCUGGAGUCCAUCAUGAUUGCAAAUCCUACCAUUCCGGCUUAUCGAUACGACCCUUAUGAAAAACGGAUCACUGAAGAAGGAUAUGAUCAUCGACAGAUGCGUCAAAUCCGAGGAAAAUCGAUUCAAAAGGCUAUGUCGAGUUUGAAGGAACUUGAAGAUCAAGCUGGAUCCGGGAAGACUGAUGAUUCGAAAACUUGGGCCAUCGUCAUCGGUACUCUUGGACGUCAAGGUAGUCUAAGUGUCGUCAAUUCCAUUUCAACCGGUUUACGAACCAGAACUGGUAAUCACCAUCAAGUUCCAGUGCCUAUACUCAUAUCAGAACUAUCACCACAAAAAUUAAGUUUAUUCAAAGAUCACAUUGGAAUCUUUGUUCAAACUUCUUGUCCUCGUCUUAGCAUUGAUUGGGGUGAAUCGUUUGAGGUACCACUCUUGAGUCCUUACGAAGCUAAAGUAAGUUUAGGAGAAGCUAAAGGGUUUACUGGCAUGGAUGAAGAUGGAGUGGGUCUUUUAGAAAACUAUCCCAUGGACUUUUAUGCUGAUGACUCACUGGGUGAUUGGACACCAAGGCAU